AUGGCUAGUUCUACCUCAAACCUCACGGCCAUUGAUAGAUCCGAUUUCCAGAUAUAUCACUUGCCAGCAAACGCAAAAGCUUCCGAGACGGAGCCUGCUUUCUCUGGGCCGAAAUCACUUCCCAGGAGCAAGCCUCUAGUAGCGGUGCAAGCGGACCUUAAAACGCGUACAUUGAAGGACGAGGAUAGGGGGGAUGCGGGAGGAGGUCAGGGGAGCAUCAGGGGAGUGGGUGAAGAGGAGGGCGGAGAAACGGGAGGUGGAGAUCAGAGGGGUGAAAGGAGAGCAAGGAAUGCAGAGGGGAAGAGCAAGGGAGGCUGGGGGAUGAGUAAUGGGACGGGAGGCUGGGAGGAGGAGGAGGCAGUGGCAGUGAUAGCUGGAGUGCUGAGAGAUAAGUAUGGGCCUCAGAUUGUGAGAGAAGAGGUAGAGGAGUGGGGGGGUGGGAUAGGAAGCAGCGAGGACGAAGAGGAGGUGGAGAUAGUGAAAGAGGAGGAGGAGGAAGAAGAGGAGGAGGAGAGGGUAGAAGGAGUUGGGAAGGAAGCUGAAGCAGAAUUGAGUGAGGAGGACACACCACCCUCGCAUCUCCCGCCCACCACAUCUCCUCCCACAACCCCUCCUCCACGCAAGAGGCGGCGGUUCUUUGUGGAGCUGGUGGGGGAGGAGGCAGCGGGAAGAGUGGCGAGGAGAUACCCGGAGUUUCUGCGACUAUCGCAGGAGAACGUGCAAGGGAAGGUGACGGUAUUGGGUGAUUUGAUUGGCCGUGAGAAUGCUGUGCGGGUGGUGGCACAAUAUCCUUUGCUACUAACUUCUAGUGAAGAAGGGAGAGCUGCUACAGAGCAGCAGCUUGUGAACUUGGAGGGGACAAAGAGAGCCGUGUGUUUGCGCCAAUUUCUCCACUUUCCAGACAAGCAGUUUGAGGAGAAGUUUGGGGCCACACUCUGUAGCAGAGGAGCUGCUGUUCAGACGGCCGCUGCUCACGGGCCUGCAAGAGAGGCUCGGCAAAUCCUUUUUCAAAAGAGUGAGCCUCCUGUUGUCGUGUCCCCUCCCCACUGCCACACCUUCUGCCUCAUCUGGUCUCCAACUCCUCUACGACCACCCCUUCUCUCUACUGCCUCCUCGUUCUUCCCCGUGCUGGCGCCCCCUCCCUCCCCUGCUCCUGCCCCCUCGCCCUCCCAUCAUGCCUCCGCUGCUGCACCCCCACCUGUGCCUUCCAGUCCUCACUCCCAUGAACACUCCUUGUCUAUCUGCCCUCCUCCGUCCUUGUCCCAUGCAGGUGGGUACUCCCCAUCAUGCCUCCGCUGCUGCACCCCCACCUGUGCCUUCCAGUCCUCACUCCCAUGA